GUCCGGACUAUUGACGCAUUUAAUACUGUAAAACUGCGCUAUACUAUUAUAUUAACUGCUUUUAAGCUAGAGAAAUAACUUACAAUAGUAACUGAACGUGGAAAGAAAGUAUAUUCACGUAUUAUAUACAAAUGGGAAUGAAUAAAUUAAAUAAAAAGACGUCGGGUGGAGUAAAGUGUGUUAUCGUCGGGGACGGCGGCGUCGGGAAAACAAGCUUGUUGAUGAGUUAUACUUCAGGCGGAAUUAUGAUGGACUAUAUUCCAACAUGUUUUGAUUGUUAUACAGUGGAUAUGAAUGUUAACGAUGCAAGUUACAGUAUGACCUUGGUAGAUACAGCGGGACAGGAGACGUACGAUCGUCUACGAACGCUGUCAUAUUUCGACACGGACGUUUUUGUCGUCUGCUUCAAUAUAGCAGACACAGAUUCCUUUGAAAAUGUGAAAACAAAAUGGAUCCAAGAACUUAAACAAUAUAGACCAGAUACUCCGUUCAUUUUAGUUGGAACACAAAGUGACAAACGCAACAUAAAAGCAGACGACACAGAACACGUGCAGGGAAGUUUCAUACAUGAAAACCUAGUACCGACAAAAUGUGUUUCUGCAAGCAAGGGUAAAUCUGCAGCUAGGAAACUUGGUGCGAAACAAUAUUUAGAAUGUUCGGCACUUAAGUGUGAAGGCGUCUCUGAAGUGUUCAAGUCAGCUUUACAAACGGCCAUGUGUCCUAAGAAAAGGAAACAGUCCUUCUUAAAAACAUGCAUGCCAGCAUUCAAAUUCAGAAAGUUCAGCAAAAACAGCAGAGUAGAAGAAUGAGCUUACAAAGCAACCAAACAAAUCAGAAUUUGCAUUUAUGUUAUGCUGAACAUUUCUAGUCGAGCAGACGACAGUUGAGGACAUCGAGGGUGGGAAGUAGUUCGUGACUGUGCAAUAUUUCAGUUUGAAAUUUACGUACCUUCUGCUGGGGUAUAUAUGAGGCCCAUGCUUUAUUUUGCAAGGACUUAGGACAGGAAGAUUUCAGUGUAAAAAGUCAGGUUAUGACAUCCUUUUAGGGAUGAAAAUUGAUUUUGUUAUUAUUUUAUAGAUUUCAUUAAUUUGUAGAUUUUGUUACUGUUAUGAAAGGCAAUAAAAUUGCAUAUAAUAUA